AAAAGAAAAUAUGUAUCAGAUAAUUAGAGGGAAGCACUUUCUGUUCUUUCUUUUAUCUCUUAGCUUGACAGCUACUAGUUGUGGUGCUUCUUCUUCUUCUUCUUCUUCCCAACUGAGCUCAUUCGGAAAGAAGCACUUUGUGCUGAUUCAUGGAGCAUGUCAAGGAGCGUGGACUUGGUACAAGGUGGCCACUCUACUAAAAGCCUCGGGACACAAUGUCACAGCUCUGGACUUGGGAGCAUCCGGAAUCAACCCGAUCCAGGCACAGCAACUCCCCUCGCUCUCCGACUACGUUGAACCGUUGACAAAGCUCAUGGUAUUUCUGCCGCCAAAGGAGAGGGUUAUUCUGGUGGCUCAUAGCAUGGGUGGAGCUGUUAUAUCUAUUUUCAUGGAGAGGUUUCCUGAGAAAAUCGCUGCUGCUGUUUAUGUCUCUGGUUUUAUGUCCGGUCCUGCUCUCAAUUACUCCACUGUUUUUAUAGAGAUUAACAAGAGGCUGGAUUACAUGGACUCUCAGUACAGAUACGACGCAGGGCCUAAAAAUCCUGCAACGUCCUUCCUCACUGGGCCUAGACUCUUAGCAUCGAAAUUCUACCAGCUAUCCCCACCCGAGGAUUUAACGCUAAGUUUGUCAGUGAUGAGGUUUUCUCCUCUGUAUAAUUACGAUGUGAUAAAGCUCACCAAGGAGAGAUAUGGAUCGGUUCCAAGAGUAUUCAUCAUAGCAGAUCGAGACCAUGCAAUAGUCUUGGAAGUACAAAAUUUUAUGAUCAAGAAAAAUCCACCAAAUGAAGUCAAGGUGAUCAGUGGGUCUGAUCACAUGGUUAUGCUCUGUAGACCGCUGGAGUUGUUUUCCCAUCUUCAGGAUAUUGCUGGGAAAUACUUUUAACAUUUUCUAAAUCUCUACUGCUAUAAUGCUAGCCAGCAGUAAAU